UUCCUCGUCGCAAACCCAGCAGGCAUUCUGAUCUUGAAACUAUAACAACGACAACCUCCAUAUCCAUCAGCGAACGCACGUUCCCGGCCUCCGCUCAACCAAGCGCAAGCUACCACCCAACAUGCGGCGGAACUCCGAGUCGUUCACCUUCACAGGCCAACCCUUAAACCGUACAGCAGACGGCCCCCUAUCCUCCGCCACACCCAGCCGCGCAACCACCCGCGGCCUCUCCAAAAAGGGCUUCUCCAACAAACUCCUCUACCCCGGCUUCCGAAAAGACGGGAUAGACUACCACCUCAACGACUGUGUCCUGGUCGAGGCCGAGGACCAGGAUGAGCCGUACAAGGCGAUGAUAAUCGCCUGCUAUCGCGAUGAGGAAGGGACUGGGAAGAUGGAUAUUAGGUGGAUCUAUGCUGCGUCGGAGGUGGAGAGGCAGUUGGGGACUACGGCGGCGAGGACGAGGAAGUGUCGGGCGCUGGAGCUUGACCCGGCCGAAAUCGUCCAUACAGACAUGAAGGAGGUCAAAGAGGACAUUGAGCACAUUUGCGGCAAGAUCGAGGUGUUGUCCCGGGACGAAUACAGAUCGCGAUACCCGAAAUCCAACCCCGACGGAAUCUACUUUUGUCACCGUACGCUCGGGUCCGCCCGCGAUGUGAAGGCGUGGCCGAUGGAUUGGGAGGCCUUUAGGAGGAAUGAAGACGCUCCACCCUUUGAAAAGGCGGAGGCUAUGCAGAAGAGGGAGGGUAAGGCGAAGGAGCAUGCUGCUGCGCGGACACCUGCGAGGACGACCAGGAAUGAGACUGCUGCUGCGACGCCUGCUUCUGCGAAACCGAACAGCGUGAGAAAGGCAACGGGGCGGAGAAAGAAGGAGGGAUGGACGGAGGAAGAGGUGGGACAGGCUGCACCACCGAGGAAGUCGCGUGGGCGGAGUAGCGUAGAGGAAAGCGAGGAGGUGCGCAAAGGUCUUUGCGCAUAGUCUUGGUAAUUGAACGUUGUCUAAAUGGGCGUCUCUUCCAGCAACAUCCCGCGUCAGAGGAAGCGGAACAAAUAGACGGCGAGGAAGCUGAGGACG